AAUUUUGAGGGAGUAGUAGUGAAAAUGUAAUAAAAUAUAUACUUUAAAACAAAGACACCAAGCAAUAAUGAGGGCUUAUGAUUGAGCAGCAGGUGUGAAUGAUCAGGCAAAAAGGCUCAUUGAUCAUUGGAGGAUUUCCAUGAAGAAGAAGAAGAAGAGGAGGAGUAAGAAUUAACGUAAAUUCUUGAAAGUGAUAUUGUUGAGCACAACUAUGGGAAUCUCCAAAGACAACCUCAAAGGAUUCAUAUUGGCUCUCCUUUCAAGUGGGUUUAUUGGUGCAAGCUUCAUAAUCAAGAAGAUAGGCCUUCGAAGAGCUGCUGCGGCCUCCGGUGUUAGGGCUGGUGUUGGGGGGUAUUCGUAUCUCAUGGAGCCUCUGUGGUGGCUUGGGAUGAUCACGAUGGUCAUUGGAGAAGUGGCGAACUUUGUGGCAUAUGCAUUUGCUCCUGCAGUGCUUGUCACGCCCCUUGGUGCAUUGAGUAUCAUUGUCAGUGCUGUAUUGGCUCACUUUAUUUUAAAUGAGAGGCUACAUCAACUGGGAAUAUUGGGCUGUAUAAUGUGCAUCACGGGUUCUAUCAUAAUUGUUAUACAUGCACCACAAGAGCAGCCGAUAUCCUCUGUCCAGGAAAUAUGGAAUAUGGCAACACAGAUGGCCUUUCUAGUCUAUGUGGGGUCGGUCAUCGUUUUGGUAUUCAUUCUUGUUUUCUAUUUUGCACCCCAAUGUGGACACAGCAACGUACUUGUUUUCACCGGCAUUUGUUCACUGAUUGGUUCUCUCUCGUUGGUUCAUUUUGUCCUACUGGAGUUUGUACUCAACUGCCUUUUUAGAAAUCUUGGCCCUUGUAUCUUGGAAUUAUGUGAGGCAGUUCCAAUUUUCCCCUUCCAUCUGGUCAUGAGUGUUAAAGCCCUUGGAACUUCUUUGAAAUUGACUAUUGAGGGGAAAAACCAGUUAAUCUACCCAGAGACCUGGUUUUUUAUGUUUUUCGUGGCAACUUGUGUCAUUACACAGAUGAAUUACCUAAACAAGGCACUUGACACCUUCAACACUGCCAUUGUUUCUCCUAUAUACUAUGUCCUGUUUACAUCACUUACAAUACUUGCCAGCGUAAUUAUGUUUAAGGAAUGGGACGACCAAAGUGCGGGGAGCAUUGUAUCAGAAUUAUGUGCCUUUGUCAUAGUGCUCUCUGGGACCAUCUUGUUGCAUUUGACCAAGGAUUUUGAUAGAAGUUCGUCUUUUAGAGGCAAUUGUACCCCAUUAUCCCCUACAUUAGCGACCCGACUAUGCAAUGGGAAUGGGGAUUUUGUGCAGCAUGACGAGCACAAUGAGCCAUGUGAAAAUGAGGUUUACUCAAGAAGGCAAGAAUGGUACACGUGAAUGGAUGUCCUUCAGUUGCAAGAUUCAUUCUCUUGAAGGCUCUCUUUGGUGUCAUGGUGUAAAUUGUGAUGGAAAAUGCUAUAUGCAAAGUUGCAAACCCCCACCAACCCUUAAGGCUCAGUGUUUUCCCUGCUCUGUCUCUCUGUGAAAUUUACAUGGCACCGUGAUUGUUGCAGAAGCUGCAGGAGCAUUGAGUUCUUGCCACACCUCUGAGAGUUGUGCAGUAUUUGCAGGUAAUAUACAUAGUAAUUCAUGCCGUCUCCCAUGCUUCAAUGCUGUUGCCCAGUUUAUACUUGAAACAACACGAAAUCCAUCUCAACUUUAAGACACGUAUUUUACUUUUAUCCAAUAUACCAAACAGAAAUGCUCAUAAUGCUCGUUAAAUUCAUGCUACACUUUAUGUUAUGUGUAUUAAGUAUAUGAAUGAUUGCUACAUACUCCGCAUUUUUAAAAAGAAGGGUAUAUGUUCAAUCUUCCGCCUUCCUAUCUAGGACAAAAAUGAAGGGUAUAUGUUCAAUCUUUUAGACAGGUAAAUGCUGCCGCCUUUCUAUCUAGGACAGUCUGCGUUCCAACCGUGAUAGUUUCCAUCUUCAGAUCUUCGUGGCUGAACAUGUUUGGGAAGCUGAGAUGUGUUUGUACAAACAGCUAACUAUUGCAGCAUUAAUAACUGCACUAAAGGCUGUUGCAUUGAGGAUGAGGAGUGUUGGACAAUUACUACUUACUAGGCUGUUAUUGCAGCGUCGCUUUCAAUAUGGCUGUCUAUCAAAUUAUGCCUUCAUUUGUCAAAAAAUCAAACCCCUUUUCCUGGAAAAUAAUUCUAGACAAACCUAUUGAAUUUGAAUUAGAAACCAUCACCAAAUAUCCAGACUUCGCCAACUGUUAGGCAUAAAAUCUCAAGAAUGUAAAUGAACUAAAAAAUGAUCAAUCCUUGUGAAUUUGAAUGAAAUAAUUCAUACAUUAUGUAUGACGGACACAUGUAUGAUUGACACGUGUCUUUUCAAAGAUUACAAAAUUUACAAAUAAGAUAUGCAUACAUAUUAUGUACAGGUAGGUGUUAUACCAAAGGGGGACAACAGGAAACCCCAUUUAUCAGGCAAUUCCAAGAAUGUGAAAUGGACCGAAUGGUCAAUUCCUUUCACUAACCUUGGAAUGAAAGAACAAAACGUAGCAUUGUACAACUCAAAAUUCUUACCCAAAACAGCUUUGGAUGAAUUAAAUCCAUUACAGAGAAUGUGUGUUGUGUUGUGUAAAUGAUUCAGGUCCGGCCAAUUUGGAUUAGAAUUUCACUUCUUCAAACUCAAAACGAAUUCAUUUCCAAAGUGUAA